AACCCUUUCUAAAUGACAUACUAAGUUCUAAGACUUCUAACCAUGAAUUGGACAUUCAUUGAGCAAAUGAGCAUUGCGAUCCCCAAAUCGUAAAAAUUAAGAAUUCCACUUCAACAAGGUGAAGCAGUUUAAAAUCUUCCAGAUCCCGGUUUCUUUUUUCUCCCAGAUUUGUUACAGGACUUCGUCAAAAUGAUUCAGUUUGCUGUUCUAAUUAAUCGGCAAGGGAAAGUUAGGUUAACAAAAUGGUAUUCGCCUUAUGCUCAAAAAGAAAGAACAAAGGUUCUCCGUGAACUGAGUGGAUUGGUUCUAACUCGAGGUCCAAAACUCUGUAACUUUGUGGAAUGGAGAGGAUUAAAGGUUGUUUACAGAAGGUAUGCUAGUUUGUACUUCUGCAUGUGCAUUGAUCAGGUAGACAAUGAAUUAGAGGUCCUUGAAAUCAUUCAUCACUUUGUUGAGGUUCUAGACCGCUAUUUUGGCAGUGUUUGUGAAUUGGAUUUGAUUUUCAAUUUUCACAAAGCAUACUACAUACUUGACGAAAUUUUAAUUGCUGGUGAGCUGCAAGAAUCAAGCAAGAAAACAGUUGCGCGGUUAAUUGCUGCACAGGAUUCACUGGUCGAGGCCGCUAAAGAACAAGAAAGCUCAAUCAGUAAUAUAAUUGCACAGGCUACCAAGUAGGUUGCAAUCACCUCUAUGUUUGAUUAUCAUGUGAUCAGAUAUACCAAGGUUAAUCUCCUGCGCAGUUGUCAAUUUCUAAAAGUUUCUCCUUUUUUUAGAGUAUAAUUGUAAUAAUAAUUAUUGUUUUUUGCUCUGAGUCGAUGAUUUCUUUGUGAUUAUAAUUUGCUUUGUCAUUUAUUCAUUUGUUUUUAGAAUGUUCUUUUGGCUUCGAAUUUGAGGCAGUUUGGCUUCUGUUCUACUCCCUCCUUUUCUAAA